CCGGUACACACUCCACGGCUGAUCACACAAGCAAUGAACAAACAGAGACGGCCACCGCCGGACCCAGUGGCUGUGCUGAGAGGCCACCGUGCCUCUGUCACCGACCUCUGUUUCCACCCAUCUCAGCCUCUCCUAUACACCUGUUCCGCAGACGGUGAGUUGCGGAUUUGGGACACUCUCCGGAAUCGGACCAUAGCUUCCGCAGGUGUGCAUAGCGCGGCACAUGGAGUUGCUGCUGUUGCUUGUAGCUCUUCAAUUGGAGCUGACAAGGUGAUCAGCCAGGGAAGGGAUGGAACUGUGAAGUGCUGGGAUGUUGGAGAUGGAGGUUUAUCCAGGACUCCCUCUGUGACGAUCGCGACGAAUGCUUACCACUUCUGUAAGCUUUCGUUGGUGAAGAGACCUCAUUCUUGUUCUAAGGAAGUUGACGGUGCAAAUUGUCAUGAGGGAGAUGAGAGGGAGAGUACUGAUGCAGGUAGUCUGGAUGAUAGUGAAGAAAAGGUCCAAGGAUAUCUGUCUCAGCAGUGUAGAGCUGAGGAAGACACUGAAGUUGGAGGAUCUAAAUACAUUGCUAUAGCUGGAGAGCAGCCAUCUGAGGUUGAGAUUUGGGAUCUUACUACUGCAGAAAAGUGUACACGGCUACCUCAAAGCUGUUCUGCUGGCAUCUCAGCUAUUUCUACCAGGGAAAGAGGAAUGUGCAUGGCAGUUCAAGCAUUUUCACCAUUGGAAUCACAGGGAUUCCUAAAUGUCGUGGCUGGUUAUGAGGAUGGUUCCAUGCUUUGGUGGGAUGUUAGAAAUCCAGGUGUUCCACUUAAGUCUGUCAAGUUUCAUUCAGAGCCAGUUUUAAGCCUAUGCGUUGAUGAGUCAUGCAACGGUGGUAUCUCAGGAGCUGCAGAUGAAAAAAUUGUGCUGUAUAGUUUGGAUAAUUCCAUAGGUUCAUGUGUGAUUAAGAAAGAAAUUAAUUUGGAGCGACCUGGCAUAUCAAGCACCUCUAUUCGACCUGAUGGUAAAAUAUUUGCAACAGCUGGCUGGGACCACAGAGUGAGAGUAUAUAACUAUCGCAAAGGAACGGCUUUGGCAGUAUUGAAGUAUCACCAUGCAACGUGUAAUGCUGUCUCUUAUUCAACAGAUUGUAAGCUAAUGGCCUCUGCAUCAGAAGACACAGUAGUAGCACUUUGGAAACUCUAUACUCAAACCUGAGAAAGAUAAUAGUUCGGCGAAGAUAUGCAUUAGAAUCACAUCAAGAAUCAGUAAAUGUUUCUGUUUCUGUGUAUAUUUUCUCUAAUAUGUCAAAAUUGUUGGAGGUUAUGUUACAUCCGUCCAUGUCAUCUAUAGAAGACCUAGCCUCUGCAUGACCAUUUGAUUCUCUAUAUCAAACUUUUUACUAGUGUGACCAACGUUCAUCUUCAGUUAUCUUUUGAUAUUACUAAAUUGGAGUAACUGCAGCCAGGGACGUAGUUGA